GAGGUGGGGGUUGCAGGCGGAGGCUCGCAGCGGAAGGAGCCCAUGGAGGACGCUGACUACUUCGGCGGCAGCGCGGCGGAGUGGGGGGACGAUGCGGAUGGCGGGGCGCAGGAUGAUGAGUAUGGCGAAGGAGAAGAUGAUGCUGAAGUCCAGCAAGAAUGUUUGCAUAAAUUUUCCACUCGAGAUUAUAUAAUGGAGCCCUCUAUAUUUAACACUCUAAAAAGGUAUUUCCAGGCAGGUGGCUCUCCAGAAAAUGUUAUCCAACUGCUGUCAGAGAAUUAUACUGCAGUGGCACAAACUGUAAAUCUGCUGGCAGAGUGGCUCAUUCAAACAGGUGUUGAGCCAGUGCAGGUUCAGGAAACUGUAGAAAACCACUUGAAAAGUUUACUCAUCAAACACUUUGACCCUCGGAAAGCAGAUUCCAUCUUUACAGAGGAAGGCGAGACUCCAGCCUGGCUUGAGCAAAUGAUAGCACAUCCUACAUGGAGAGAUCUUUUUUACAAACUGGCUGAAGCCCAUCCAGACUGCCUGAUGCUUAAUUUUACUGUCAAGCUUAUAUCUGAUGCUGGUUAUCAAGGGGAAAUAACCAGUGUAUCAACAGCAUGUCAGCAAUUAGAAGUCUUUUCUCGAGUGCUACGUACUUCUCUGGCUACAAUUUUAGAUGGAGGGGAAGAAAACCUUGAGAAGAACCUCCCAGAGUUUGCGAAAAUGGUUUGCCAUGGAGAACACACAUAUCUCUUUGCUCAGUCUAUGAUGUCCAUAUUAGCCCAAGAAGAGCAAGGUGGGUCUGCUGUGCACAGAAUUGCUCAGGAGGUUCAGCGAUUUGCUCACGAGAAAGGCCACGAUGCUAGUCAGAUCACUCUAGCCCUGGGUACUGCAGCCUCCUACCCUCGAGCAUGUCAAGCGCUCGGUGCCAUGUUAUCCAAAGGAGCUCUGAAUCCAGCAGACAUCACAGUCCUGUUCAAGAUGUUUACAAGCAUGGACCCACCUCCAGUAGAACUGAUUCGAGUACCUGCCUUUCUGGACCUUUUCAUGCAGUCACUAUUUAAACCAGGUGCUAAGAUCAAUCAGGACCAUAAACAUAAAUAUAUCCACAUAUUAGCAUAUGCAGCCAGUGUAGUGGAGACAUGGAAAAAGAACAAGAGAGUGAGCAUAAACAAAGACGAGCUCAAAUCGACUUCAAAAGCUGUUGAAACGGUUCACAAUCUGUGCUGCAACGAAAACAAAGGAGCUUCAGAACUGGUUGCAGAGCUGAGCACCCUCUAUCAGUGCAUCAGGUUUCCUGUGGUGGCAAUGGGUGUAUUAAAGUGGGUGGACUGGACAGUGUCAGAACCACGAUAUUUUCAGCUUCAGACUGAUCACACUCCAGUGCAUCUGGCAUUACUAGACGAGAUCAGCACAUGCCAUCAGCUGCUUCACCCCCAAGUUCUGCAACUUCUUGUCAAGCUUUUUGAAACGGAACACUCCCAGCUUGAUGUCAUGGAACAGCUGGAGUUGAAGAAAACCCUUCUGGACAGAAUGGUUCACUUACUCAGUCGGGGAUAUGUCCUACCUGUCGUCGGUUAUAUCCGCAAGUGUCUGGAGAAACUAGACACAGACAUCUCACUCAUUAGAUACUUUGUUACUGAGGUACUGGAUGUAAUUGCUCCUCCAUAUACCUCAGACUUUGUGCAGCUUUUCCUUCCAAUCUUAGAGAAUGAAAGCAUUGCAGGCACUAUUAAAACAGAAGGUGAACAUGACCCUGUCACAGAAUUCAUAGCUCAUUGCAAAUCUAACUUCAUUAUGGUGAACUAAGGAAGCGAUAAAAACAAGAAUGCAGAGCACCCUGAAUACUGAGGUUAUGGACAAUCACUUCCUUGCUAUGCCCACCACCAGUAGGGUUCUCUAGUUGGAUAAUACAGUGGCAGCCAACAAGGAAGAAGUGUAGAGAUGCUUGCUGAUUCAUAUUGCACAGUAACUUUGAACUUUGUUCUGGAGAUCUUCUAUUGCAUCUUUGGGAAAGGGUCAGUCCAUACAAGGAUUAAUACUUCAGGAUAUUUUUAUUACAAAAAUCAGUUUGCCAGCCUAAGAGCAGCAUGAGAAAUACAGUCAUAUUUCAAGGAAUGUUUUUUGUUACUUUCACAGCUUGUAGAAGUUUCUUCUACUGAUCGUGUGUGUGUGUAUACGCACACACACGUGCGCGCGCGCACACCACUUUUCUAGUGACUGUAACCCUGAAUGAUGCAGGCUUUGAUCGUGUGAUCUGAUGAGCACACAAUUAGUCCUGUGCUGCGGAGAACCCAGGAUGAUUUUUCUCGUCAUUGCGUUCCACAGGUGAGUGUUCUGAAUAUCCUACAAAAUUACCUUCUGAAAAACUAGGUGUGUUGUGGAACACAAACUGAGUUGUAAUAAUCAAGGCUAGUUCUGUACUGAGAGACAAAUC